CAGCCCGAAAUCCAAGAGCUCUUCGAGCGCUUCGGAAAAGUGCAGACGUGCAUCGCAAACCGCGACAAGCGCCACGCAUUCGUGAAGAUGACGACUCGCGCACACGCACUCUCUGCCAAAGCCACUAUGGAGGAGAUGCAAUCCCGCAACGACAAAGACGUGAUGAAUGUCGCUCGCCAGACCAAGUGGGGCGUCGGCUUCGGUCCGCGCGAGUGCUGCGACUACGCGAGGGGUGAGAGUAUUAUUCCCAUCCACAAGCUUACCGAGGCGGACAUGAAGUGGCUACUGACUGCCGAGUAUGGUGGUACUGGCGGCAAAUCAUUGGAAGGUGGGAUGGUGCUCGAGGAGCCGGACAUUGAGAUCGGUGCGGGAGUCAGCAGCAAGGCCAUGAGUAAGCGC